AUGUCCGGAGUGUCCGAAGUGUCCGAAGCGGGUGACAACACGACAGCGGACGAGGUGAAGGCGACCUCCAUUGAAGACGAGAACGGUGAUGUGAAGCGAAUUGAAUCCACUGCUGUCUCUUCAGACAUCGAAUACGAUGACGAUGAAAAUGAGCCUGAAUUGCACGCGCGAACCUAUGUUGCUGUGUUAGCCAUGUUUCUACUGAACAUGGUCCAGGUGCUGGCCCUGCAGGGGCCGCCAGCUGUGCUGACCUUUAUCGGACGAGAUCUCAACGCUGCGGCACAGCAGACGUGGAUUCCGAACUCACUCUCGUUGGUUCAGGCUGUAGUCGGCCCUGUCAUCUCCUUCGGCUCGGAUACGUUUCAAGCGCGCAAGUCUAUUCUAGUCACCUGCUCAAUCAUAUCGUUCAUCGGCGCAGCAAUUGCGCCAGGCGCCAGCGGUAUUGGCCGAGUCAUCGUGGCCCAAACCCUAAUUGGUUUUGGAUUCGCCACUGUACCUCUCGCGUACUCUGUUCCUAGUGAAAUUCUACCUCGCAGAUGGCGACCAAUGACACAGGCUGCAAUGAAUAUUGCUGCAGCUAUCGGGGCUUGUGUCGGCCCCUUAGUAAUUGGCGCGCUUACCAAACGCAACGUUCACACAGGUUGGAGGAAUUUUUACUGGUUCCAGAUGGCCCUAUGGGCCGUGAUUGCCUUUGGAAUUGCUAUCGGUUACAAGCCACCCAAAAGACACACUCUACUCGAUCACCUGUCUUUCUGGCAGAAGUUGGGCAGACUUGAUUUGCCUGGAAGUGGACUCCUAACAGUUGGCCUGACCCUGUUCUUGGUUGGACUCAACCUCGGGGGCGGUGCCAAUCCAUGGACUGCCGCAAAGGUUCUCGGCCCACUGGUUAUUGGGAUCUGCGUACUAAUUGCAUUCGCCGUUUACGAAUGGAAGGUCACCUCAACGGGCAUUUUACAUCACGAACUAUUCCGCGGCGGAAGAAAUCGAGGACAGACAUUUUCGAUGCUGGUGUCGCUGAUCUUCAUCGAGGCCAUCCUUCUUUUUACCUACGUUCUCUUCUAUCCUCAGCUGACUGAAGAUCUGUUUGUGACCGACCCUCUUGCAGUAGUUGUCAGGCUAUUACCUUUUUGGAUUGCUUGUGCCAUCAGCACUGUGAUAUAUGGGUAUGCAAGCACCAAGCUGAGGUCGAUUCGCUCUCCAAUGUUGGUCGGCUACGCCAUCUACACUGCCGGCAUCAUUGGGCUCGCCACUAUCCAACCUAGUCAGUCGACAAACGCAAUUAUCUUUGCGGCCUUGGCUGGACUGGGAUUCGGUGCUCCGUUAAUUCUGAUCGUCGCCGGCGUUCAGCUGUCCACCCCUCAUCAUCUUAUUGCAAUUGCCACGGCAGUAACGACAAGUGCGCGAGCGGUCGCGGCUACUGUCUUCACGGCCAUUUACGCCGCUGCUGUUUCCUCACGGAUGACGGCGUAUAUCCCAGACUACAUCUCCAAAUCCGCUUUAGAGAACGGCCUUCCCAAAUCGUCGAUCAAACCAUUUAUUGAGGCUCUAACAAGUCAGAACACCACUGCAAUUCAUAUGGUGCCAGGCGUAAACCAGGCUAUCGCGCGGGCAGGCACAGAUGCGCUGCACCAUGCGUACGCCGACGGAUUGCGAGUGGUGUUCAUCAUCGCAGCUCCAUUUGGAGUUCUUGCUUGCGUUAUUUGUUAUUUCCUAGGGGAUUUGAAGAAGACGAUGAAUUAUCAUGUUGAUGCGCCUAUUGAAAAGUUGCAUGCGAGGCAGCGGCCUGAAGAGUCACUCACUUAA